CUGUAGUGUUCAGGACGAGAAGUGUCCCACCCGCCCAGCAGUUCAUCUAUUUAUUUAUUUAUUUAUCAUUUCACCGCAAUGACCCGCUGGAUUCCAACUAAAAAAGAGAAAUAUGGCGUUGCAAUUUAUAACUAUGACUCCAGAGGCGAGCAGGAGCUGUCUCUCCAGGUGGGAGACACUGUACAUAUACUUGAGACAUUUGAAGGCUGGUAUAGAGGUCACACAUUACGGGACAAAUCACAGAAGGGCAUUUUCCCAGCCUCGUACAUCCACCUGAAGGAGGCUAAAGUUGAAGGGACAGGCCAACAGGAAAUAGUUAUCCCAGGAGACCUACCAUUGGUACUGGAGCUCGGUGCCACUCUGAGGGAAUGGGCACAAAUAUGGCACAACCUUUAUGUGAACAACAAGACAACUCUGUUCAGGAACGUACAGCAGAUGGCCUACUGCCUCAUCGAGUAUAGAUCUCAGAUAGUGUCGGGAACAUUGCCCAAGGAUGACCUUGUGGAGCUCAGGAAGAAAGUCACAGCUAAGAUUGAUUAUGGAAACCGGAUUCUGGGUUUGGACUUGGUGGUGCGAGAUGACGCGGGGAACACUUUAGAUCCGGACUGCACCAGCACAGUCAGUCUGUUCCGGGCCUUUGAGACUGCAUCCCGCAGUAUAGAUGACAGAAUACAGGAGGAGAAGACCCGGCUGCAGAACCUGGAGAUGAGGCGCCAGUCCCUGUUCAGCACAGUGCACACCUACAGUCUCUUCGUGAACCUCAAGAACUUUGUGUGUAACAUCGGGGAGGAUGCAGAGCUGCUUAUGUCACUCUAUGACCCUGACCAGUCUGAGUUCAUCAGUGAGAACUUCCUGGUGCGCUGGGACAGCAUGGGCAUGCCCAAAGAGAUUGAGAAACUCAACAACCUGCCUGCCCUCUUCACGGAUCUGAGCAGCAGUGACCUGAUUAGGCCACGUCUGUUCCUCGUCUGUCAGAUUAUCAGGGUGGGCAGCAUGGAGCUCAAGGAGGGCAAGAAACACACGGGAGGGUUAAGGAGACCGUUUGGUGUGGCUGUGAUGGACAUCACAGAUAUUGCCCAUGGAAAAGCAGACGAUGAGGAGAAGCAGCAUUUCAUCCCCUUUCAGCAGAUAGCUAUGGAGACCUACAUCCGUCAGAGGCAGCUCAUCAUUUCUCCUCUCCUCCCAUCCCGGGUCAUUGGAGAGAACGAGCCUCUCACCGCCGUCUUCAACAAAGUCAUUAACACCCGGGAGGUCAACCACAAGGGCCAGGGACUGUUUGUGACCCUGAAGCUGCUUCCUGGUGACCUGUCCCAGGUCAGGAAGGACUACCCUCACUUUGUGGAUCGCACCACCGCCAUCGUCAGAAAGAUGGGCUUCCCUGAGAUCAUCCUCCCAGGAUAUGUGAGGAACGAUAUCUAUGUCACCUUGCUGCAGGGGGAGUUUGACCGUGGUAAAAAGACGUCACCCAAAAAUGUUGAGGUGAUGUUGAGUGUACUAGAUGACGAUGGCAAUCUCAUGGAGAAAGCAAUAUUUCCUGGAGCUGGAUAUGAUGGGAUCACAGAAUACAAGUCUGUAAUUUACUACCAAGUCAAGCAGCCGAGCUGGAAUGAAACAGUCAAGGUGACUAUUCCUAUUGAAGAUGUGGGCCGCUGUCAUCUCAGGGUGAUGUUUCGACACAGAUCAUCUCAGGACUCUAGAGACAAAUCAGAGAAGCCAUUUGGCAUGGCGUUCGUCCGCCUGAUGAAAGGAGACGGAACCACGCUGAGAGACGGCAGACAUGACCUCAUCGUCUACAAGGUUGACGUGAAGAAGACUGAGGAUGCAAAGACAUACCUGACUCUGCCAGGCUCCUGGGCUGAAGUGGAGGAGAAGGAGAGGCAGACAGGGAAAACCUUUCAGCAUUCAGGAGUCAUCCCACUCACCAAGGACAGCUUCCAGAUUGGCACUCUCACCUGCUCCACUAAACUCACCCAGAAUGUGGAUCUCCUGGGCCUGUUGAACUGGAGGUCCAACCCUGAAGAGCUGGACCAGAACCUGCAGCGCCUGAUGGAGGUCGAGGGAGGGGAGAUUGUCAAGUUUCUACAGGACACACUUGAUGCCCUCUUCAGCAUCAUGAUGGAGACUUCAGAGGAGGAUACUUAUGACACGCUGCUGUUUAAUGCUCUGGUGUUCAUAAUCACACUGAUUGGAGACAUCAAGUUCCAGCACUUUAACCCAGUACUGGAGACAUACAUCAACAAGCACUUCAGUGCCACUCUGGCUUACAUGAAGCUGACGAAGGUUCUGAAUUACUAUGUGGGCCAUGCAGAUGAGCCUGUCCUAACCGAGAGACUGUACUCAGCCCUCAAAGCCCUCAAGUACCUGUUCAGGUUCAUUGUGCAGUCCCGGGUCCUCUACCUCAGAUUCUAUGGGACCAGUGAGGAUGCUUUCUUCAACUCCAUACGGACACUCUUCCUCUCCUUCAACACACUCAUGGACAGACCGCUGGAUGAGGGAGUGAAGAUAAAGGGGGCGAUACUGAAAUACCUACCCACCAUCAUUAAUGACAUCAAGAAUGUCUUUGAUCCUGUGGAGCUCAGUGUUCUUUUGACCAAGUUCAUCGAGAGCAUCCCUGACUCUCAGCUGGUGCGCCAGAAGCUUGGUUGCAUGUGUAAGAUGGUGGAGAGUGACCUUUUCAAACAGUCAGAGUGUCGAGAUGUCCUUUUGCCGCUGGUGACAGACCAGCUGAGUGGGCAGCUGGAUGACCACUCCAAUAAGCCAGACCACGAGGCCUGUGUUCAGCUGCUCAGCACUGUGCUGGACAACCUGGACCGCAAGGAUGUGGGUCCAACCCGGGGCCAUGUCCAGCUGAUUAUGGAGCGGCUGCUUCGCAGGGUCAAUCGCACUGUCAUCAGCAUGAGCAGAACCUCCACUCUCAUUGGUCAUUACCUAGCCUGCAUGACUGCCAUCUUGAAGCAAAUGGAUGACAUGCACUACACCCACUACAUCAGCACCUUCAAGACCAGACAAGACAUCAUUGACUUCCUGAUGGAGACAUUCAUCAUGUUUAAGGACCUGAUGGGGAACGUUUUCCCCUCUGACUGGAUGACCAUGAACCUCCUGCAGAUUGGGGUGUUUCUGCGGGCCAUCAACCAGUACUCUGAGGUCCUCAACAUGUACUUCAUGGACCAGACCCACUUUGAGCUGCAGCUCUGGAACAACUACUUCCACUUGACUGUUGCAUUCCUUACCCACAAGUCAUUGCAACUGGAAUCCUUCUCUCAAGAAAAACGGAAUAAAAUAGUGAACAAGUAUGGAGACAUGAGGAAGAGCAUUGGCUUUAAGAUCAGAGAUAUGUGGUAUAAUCUUGGCCCCCACAAGAUGAAGUUCAUCCCUGCCAUGGUGGGGCCCAUCCUGAAGGCUACCCUGGUGCCUGAGCCAGAGCUGAGGAAAGCCACCCUCCCCAUCUUCUUUGACAUGAUGCAGUGUGAGCACAACUUCACUCCCAGCCGCACCUUUAACAUGUUUGAGAAUGAACUGAUCACCAAGUUGGAUCAGGAGGUGGAGGGAGGCCGUGGGGAUGAACAGUACAAAAUCCUGCUGGAGAAAACGCUACUGGAGCACUGCCGGAGGCAUAGAUACCUGUCUCAGUCAGGGGAGGAGCUGGCUCUGCUGCUCAGCAGUCUGCUGGAGAAGCUACUGGCCUACCGCACCAUCACACAUGACGAGAGCCCUGAGCUCCGCAUGAGCUGCACCGUCAACGUCCUGAACUUCUACAAGGAGAAGAAGCGGGAAGACAUUUACAUUCGGUAUCUGUACAAGCUAAGGGAUUUACACCUUGUCUGUGAGAACUACACGGAGGCAGCCUACACCCUGUUACUUCACGCUGAACUCCUUGAGUGGUCUGACAAGCCCUGUGCCCCACAUCUGAUCCCCGGUCAUGGCAAACAUGUCUGGACCCAGCAGGAGCUCAAAGAGAGACUCUUCCAGGAGAUCAUCUGUAACCUGGACAAGGGCAAAAUGUGGGAGAAAGCCAUUGAGAUGGGUAAACAGCUGGCAAAGAUGCACGAGAACCAGAUGUUUGACUUCAUGGAGCUUAGCCAGCUGCUGAAACAGCAAGCCCAGUUCUAUGAGAAUAUAAUGCAUGCCAUGCGACCUCAGCCAGAAUACUUUGCUGUGGGAUACUAUGGCCUUGGAUUCCCCACUUUCCUCAGGAACAAAGUGUUCAUCUACCGUGGUAAGGAGUAUGAGUGGCUGGAGGACUUCAGUCUGAAGCUGCUGUCUCAGUUCCCCAAUGCAGCCAGGAUGACCAGCACCGCGCCCCCUGGGGACAACAUCUGUAACUCCCAAGGACAGCACAUCCAGUGUUUUACAGUCAAGCCAGUCCUUACUGUGCCCACCCAGUUCAAAGACAAGGGGGUUCCUGAGCAGAUCUUGAACUACUACAGAACCAAUGAAGUGGACCAGUUCCAGUAUUCCAGACCCUUCAGGAAAGGUGCAAAGGACCCCGACAAUGAAUUUGCAACCAUGUGGAUCGAGAGGACGACUUACAUCACAACCUAUCACUUCCCAGGGAUUCUCAAAUGGUUCGAAGUGAAGUCCAUCUCUGUUGAGGAGAUCAGCCCUCUGCAGAAUGCUGUGGAGACCAUGGAGAUGGCCAAUGAGAAGCUCAGUAACCUGGUGCAGCAGCAGGCAUGUGACAGCUCCACGUCCGUCCACCCACUCUCCAUGAUGCUCAAUGGCAUUGUUGACCCUGCCGUCAUGGGUGGCUACUCCAACUACGAGAAGGCAUUCUUCACGGACACCUACAUGCAUGAACACCCAGACGACCUUGAGAGCAUUGAGGUCCUCAAACAUCUUAUUGCCCUCCAGAUCCCUCUCCUGGCUGAUGGGAUCCGGAUCCACGGAGAGAAAUCCACUGAGCAGCUGAAGCCCUUACACAACCGCCUGCUCACCUGUUUCUCUGACCUGCGGGAGAGAGUAGAGAAGCAUUAUGGCGUCAUAACCCUGCCGUGCUCUCUCACUGAAAGGAAGAAGAGUCGCGUGGGCUCCGUAGUGAUGCCCUACAUCCUGUCCUCCACCCUGCGCCGCAUGUCCACUGUCUCCAUCCUCUCUACCACCUCCUCAGGCCUCUCCAGCGGCUCCACCUCCUCUGACGGACCCUCCCGGCCCUCUUCCUCCCAGGAUUCACUGUUGUCCCGUGACACUGCCAACGAUCGCCGGGCCUCGAUGUUGUCCCGCUCUGAGGAUGACAACCGGAUCGGUCGAAAGAACCGAAAAGAAUGGAGUGUGAGCAAGUCACAGGUUUUGGUGGAGAGACAGACAGACAUAGAUGAGCAGACCCUUCCAGAGAAGCCGCAGAGACCCAAAAGUCUGCAGUUUGGGGACCGUCGCCUGACCCUGUCUCUGUUCCAGGGUGCCUCCUCUCAGCUCAGCCUUGGCAACCCUCUCAGCCCCCUGCCAGCCUCUCCUCACACUCCUCACAGCUCCAAUUAUUCAUCUCUCCCCGGUGAUAAUAAUGCCACCACUGACACUCCUGGGACACCCCCACCCAUGCCACCAAAGAAACAUCCCCACGAGAUGUUUGACAUCUCCCAAAACUCCCUUGAGUUCCACCCUCCUCUGCCUCAGAAAAUUGACAGCAAGCCCCCUCCACCUCCUCCUAAGACCAGGAAGUCUAUGUUCCCUGGCUCCUACGAGAAUAAUCCUCAGUGAGGAUCCUCCACCCGGACAGUCCCUCUCAUCUGGUUCAGACCUGCUGCCUGGGAUAAGGGCUUGGUUCAUCUUGUGGUACUGUAGCACUUUAUCUACAGUACUAUUUCAGGACCAGUACUAUAACCUGUUAUGUACUUCAAAAUUACAUGUCAACAAUUUAUGUUUCUGAUACUUACUACAAGUUAUUCCAACAAACUGGUACGUGUGAUGUGUGUGCCCUGUAAAUCUCUAAGAAACAGAAGCAUAAUUGUUUCCAUACUAAAGUAAUUGAAUGGUAUGUUGUAAAAUGGAGUGUGACAGAUUUCUGUGUAAGCCGUGGUGCGUGGGGUCACAAGUCUUUUCAUUUUUAGAGGAGAGUCCAUUUAUAGUCUAGUUUCCUGGGAAUGUGGUAUUAGAUCAAUGUGGAUUUAAUUCAUGAUUUGGGAAGUGUAUAUAGUUCUGAAAAAGCAAUAAUAACGGUGACCGUAGCAUAUUUCCCAAGGAUCUUUGAGGUGUUGUUGUAUAUAGUGUAGUAUAUAUUUUGGGAAUAUCACUGCUAGCAUAAGGAAUGACCAAAGCUUCAAUUUUGUCUUUUGUCAUUAUGUGUUGGAAUCACACUGGACUGUUAAUAAUUUCCAGUGCCUGUUUUGGGCAUUCGUCAAGAAAAGCACAGGCGGUGACUGCAUUUUCAUGUUUUAUUAUGUGAUAUAGCUAGGUGAAAACCUUUUUAUUAGAAUCACUAUUACUGAUCAAUGGCAGGGAAUGUGUGGUCUGUGAUUUUCAACAGACUUUGAUUCUAUUGUUGUUGAUUAUAUAGUCUAAAUCUAUGGUUGCGACCCUGGAUGAGUUUUUGGUUCCCUUGACCCAGUCAUAGAUCAUAGGUGGUACAUGCAUAGUAGUCCUUUUUGGGGGAAUUGAGAUUGUAAUUAAAAUAUAACUUUCCCCAAAAUAAAUGUGUGGAUGAUAAUCACAUUGAAAAACCUUGACUAACUCAUAAAUUCUGAGUAACUAUGCAUUACAUAAUUGUGUGAUGAAAGCACACUAAGAUAGUACCUCAAUGAUUUCAGAUUCAUUAGAGACAUGCACUGGAUGGAUUUCAUGUAAAUUAGAUUUUUUAAAUUGUAUAUUUUUUAUGUUUUAUAAGAACAAAAUACUGUAUGUCUUGAACUCUUGCUUUCUAUACAAAUCAGCUUGAUAUAUUUAGCAAGUUGUCAUUUUAACACGGUAUGGCACAAACUCAAUAAUCUGUUUAGAGUUGACAGGUGCAUUUCAUAGUUUCAUUUUAUUAGGCUUUUAUUGAUGAAUUGUUGUAUUACUUUAACUUAUUUCAGUGAUUUUAAAGGUUUCAAGUUAAUUGGUAUGCGCUCAUCAAGCAACUUGAGUUGAACAGAUAGAAACAUGGUCAUUUACAUUGGUCUACUUUCAACAGUGAACAUUUCAACUUAUAUCAAUAUAUACAUUCUUUUUUUAUUAUUCGGUCUCAUAUAGUUGUUGUUUUCAAAACAAUGCAAUGCUCUCUUUCUCCUCUGAAUUGCUCAUGUGAUCUCUUUCAGAAAUUACCGUUUUGAUUUAUAUAGUGCAAGAAUGAGUCAGUAUUUUAGUUAGACUAUUUCCAGGGAUCAAAUAUAUUUUAGAAGGGAACUAACCUUGUAUGAGUUUUUCUAACAAUGAUCAGAACAGAUAUUUGUAAAGAGAUUUAAAGCUAUAUAGUAGCAUGAAGAGAUGUAAUAUAUAUAUAUUUUUUACCAAUACAACUUGUAAAUCCGACCAAACAAAAAUAAAGAUUUCAACAAACUGUUCUGUUGAAUUGUAGGAGGUAUUGUUACAGAAGGCUAGACAGCCAGCCUCUGUCCUCAGCAGAAGUUCUUAGAAUCAUUAUCCUGUACUCAUAUCUAGCCUGUAUCAUCCCUUCUCUCUUAUCAAGGACAUAAAAGGCACUAGUUGGGACUUCAUUAUACCUUCUUUGAUGAAUAAUUAUGUGAUAAUUGAGAGGAUAAUGAAGGACCUUGACGUCUGGUGAGAUGUUUUGACAGUGAGAUUCCUUUCAUUCUGUCACACAAAACCUAAUUUCCAUUCCGGUAAAUAGUGAUGUGGAAUGUGAAAAUGUAUGUCUGCCAGUAAUUUCAUUGAGAUACCAGAGGUUCUGCAUGUUAUACUGUACAUGUUAUUCUGCUUCUGUCAUAUUCAUGCUUUAUUUUUAUGUUCUGUAUUGAGAAAGAGAACAUUCUUCAAAGCGGUAUUAAAUGUAUCAAGAUCAGAA